CACGACACACACUGGUCGGACAGGAGUCUAGCCUUAUCGCCUUCCUCGUUGGUUCGGUCGGGCAAAGCGAAAGCAGAGACUUUAGAGCGUGACCGCUGAAGAAGAAGAAGAUGAUGAUGAUGGUGGAAGUCGCUCACCCUCGUCGGUGUAGCUUAUCGACGCCACUUUCUUUUUCCCCUGCUCGUCGGCGUGCAUCCUCCUCCGGCGACUCGCUCGCUCCGCGAACUGUUCGGAACUACUGCCGUUCGUCGAUAUGGCCUCCGAAACUGAGACUACGAAGCAGCGCGAGGUCGUUGCCGCCCCGUCCCCGGCCAGUUCAGGCGGCGGCGGCAGCGGGAGUUCCGUCGCCGCCGCUUGAUCUGACCGAAGAAAACAUCCGGCUGGUUUUGGCCGACGCUCGGGUCGAGUUGGCUCAAAUUUUCGACACUUCGGUAGGCAUGACAGGACAAGUCGAGCUCGCCGACCUGGAUGGACCCUUUGUGAAGAUAAGUCUCAAAGGCCGGUUUUGGCAUGAACGGUCCAUGGUCCUCGCCAGAGUAGGGAACUAUCUGAAGCAGAGGAUCCCAGAAAUCUUGGAGGUAGACAUAGAAGAUGAGAAGCAGUUGGAUGACAGCCCUGAGAAUUUCUGAGCAGCAUAUCCUGCUACCUUUCCUGUACUUGCCCUCCUAUCGAGGGAGUUGUGUGUUGUUCCUUGUGUAAACAGAGAGAAUCACAAUAGAAGGAAUCAAAUUCAAAGGGCAUAGGACUGAUUCGAGAGGUGGAAGAAGAAGGGACGUAAAAGGAGGAGGGAGGAGAGAAUAUAAGGGAGUUAUUCUGACUAAUUUCAUGAGUUCUGCUGUUACAAUCAGAUGCAAUUACCCAAAAUCUCUCUCUUACAUAGGAUGAUUCUGACCCUUUUUAACAAAUGGUACUUCUUCCACUUCUUUCCUGUAUAACAUGGAGAAGCUCUAGCUCUCUCCCUUUCUCUUACA